AUGGACACAACCUUUUGUCGAAGAGCGUUUCUAAAAUGGCGACCAGCGCCGAAGAAAACUGUCACGACGACCCAAACUUUGCGGUGAUCUGUUCGUUCAUACUGAAUUUCGGUGAAUUAUGCGGCGUCAACAUCUCCAUCUCCGAGCUGCAGUCUAUGCUGGAGGAUACCAAAAAUGUGGACCAGACCCUGAUAGACCUGCACGUUCAUCUUCUGAGGAAAGGAAAUAGGAGGGUGCAGCGUGACCGUUGGGAGAAAGCACUCAUAAAGUUCUGCCACCAGGGGUCCAAUGUCGAUGGCUGGGAGCUGGAGCGCUUUGGCUACCGCAAGGCCAAGCUGUCCGUGAAGCUAGCCGUGCUCAAGCGGCUGCUGGAACUGCAGUUUGAUGCCAACAGCAAGUUCAAGGCAGAGUUAAACAAGCAGGAGGCGGACGUGUUGCGGCUGCAGCCCAUUGGGCGAGAUGUGCGCGGCCACCUCUACUGGCUACACAGAGACCCACAGCUCAACCUGCGCCUCUACCGUGAGCACCCCGACGAUGAGAACUCCUGGAUACUCAUCUCCCGGACACGAGAUGAGCUGGCCAAGCUUAUUGCUGACCUUGAGGGCAGCUUCUCAGUCAAGAAGGAAGAGAGCUCCUCCAUGGACAGUGAGACGGGCGAGAGCAACCUCACUGAGCCAGACUGCGCCAAGACUGAGGAAAAACCGGGCUCAGGGCUUCCGGAUGAUGAAAAACCUGCAGUGACCGACACGGGGCAACCACCAUCAGUAAAAAACGAAGAGCCUCACCACGAAGAAACACUUUCUGUAACCCUCUCUGCAUGUGGUACCACCGACAAGACCACCUUCCCCAGGCUUGUCAUUAAAAAGGAGCCGGUAGAAAACAACGCCUCAGAAGAAACUCCAAAGUCGGACAAGUGCAAGUCACCUUUGGAGGGGGAGGUAAUCCUCGUGAACAGUGAAAACGCCGAAAUUAAUCAGAAUGAUGUCUCUGAGUGCCCACUGAGAGAGACUGGCCAGGAGCUGAAGAAGUCCGCUCUGCUCAGUGAGGACAGUUCAAAGGACAAGAAAGGUGACAUCGACAGCAAGGGAGACGAUGUUACCAGCAAGACAAAAAAGCCAUCUGUAGCCGAGCAAAACAAUGCUGAGGACUUAUGCAUGAGGGCCACAGCCGAGGACGGGGAGGUCAGGCCAUCCUCCAAGCUGUCAUCAUCGCCACCGCAAAACCAAGCGCACACUGCUACGAAUCGGAGUGGACUUUCGUUGUCCAACAAGCCAGCCGCCACUCAUGGGUUUGGAAAUGCCAACGGAAAUGGCGCAACCGUGGUGUCGGAGUCCCUCCCCUGUGACCUCUCGGUCGUCCACCGAGAGGAGCCAAGCGUGCCUACGGAUGACCAGCCCACGUCCUCGGAAGUGCUCCAACCCGCAGAGGUCAGGCGGGUCGUCGACGUUGGUGCUGAGGACUUGCGAACCGGCGAGAAGCCGGAGGAAGUGCACGUAUCCGAAAAGAACGGCCAGCCAGAGUCGCCAAGCAGCAUUCCGCAUGCACACGAGAACACCUGCCACGCUCCCGUGGUGUCGUCGACAACGACGAACCUUCGACGGGUUGACACUGUGGAGCAGCCGCUGGCCCUUGACCUCACUAGGGUCUCACCAGAAGCUUCCGCGGUCAAUACAACAAUGCCAGCUGUCUCCGCCUCCCAGGUUUUGGACACAACUGUGGAUCAGUCGGGACGCGGUAGGGCUGACAAACCUACGACUGCCCAUGAUACUUCUUCUAAGCCAUCUUUGCCUCUUGGAGACAAAUUAUCGGCUUCGCCAUCUUCACCCAGCCUUUCUGCUGGCACUGCGGGAGCGGAAACUUCUGUGCAUAAAUCAGAUAGUGCCACGUGUGCAACUGGUUCCAAGGGUGCAGUGCUUCCUACGUCGUCUGGUGUUGGUGAAGGCAGUUUGCAGCGCACCAGUGAGGCAGUGACAGCAAGGACGCAUGGUGGUGCGCCAGGGAGUUCUAGUGAUGCAGUGCCCUCAAGUGAUCAGCUUGAAUCUGCUAAGUCAACCAGGACUGAACAAAACAGUGAAAAGGAGUGUGUUUAUGUGGUUGAUAAGUCAACCAGUGGCGCGAAGCUUGCCGAUGGGGAUUCUGAGAAGCUCAGUAGCAAACCUUCAUCUCUAGGAGAGAAAGGCCAUUCGGGGAAAAGCCACUCGGAACGUCGCUGCGUGGGGACACCUCACGAUAAGGUAACAAAUACAGUAGCUACCCCCGAACCAACAUCAUUGGUGCCAGCAGCCUCAGAUGCAGAAAAAAGUGCUAAGCUUUCAGCUUCAUCUCCUAUUGCUGAUAUUGAAGAAAAGGGAAGUGCCACUAUAUCAGCGUCGGCUGCAGAAGCAAAAUCCUCAGACAAGCAUUCAUGCAGUGAAGGGAAGGAUGUUGCUAGCAGCAAAAGUACUGUUGGCAGCUCGCUGUUAAAAGACGAUACACCAGUCAAGACAGUGGGGGAAAAGCCUGGUGCAGUCCGUGACACAGUGCCAGGACCGAUCACUAAUUCUAGCAUGGCACUAUCGAAACCAGCCGAGCCACAGGAAGACGCAAAUGCUCACAGAAACUCUGAGGUGUCACCAACAGGUUCGACUGCAAAGCAACCACAGCCUAAUCUACGUGAUGCAGGCGAAGAAAAGAGUGUGGCCGAUGUUGAAAAGAGGUCAAGAAAAAGCAAGCCACAACAUCUCGAAACAGCCACACAUCAGUCUUCGGACUCUCAACAUAAAGAUUCGCCUACCACUAAGUCACCAUUGUCACCUUCGGUUGCAGAGGCCAAAUCGGCCUCAGAAACGGCAACGUUCGAGGCUGAGAAGGCUCCAUGUGAACCGGAGGACACACCUGAGGAGAGAAGUCGUACAAAGAAAGCGACGGAGCAGCAGCAUGUUGACGUUGCUGAUCACAAAAGUGAGAACGUAAAGACAGAAUCAAGAAGCAGCUUCUGCAAAAAAUCAUCACUCAGUAAACGGGCUGCUGUGGUGCAGCUGCCUACUCUUGACGAAGAAGCCAGUGAAGAAAAUGAAAAUAGCAAACAAACUGCAGAUUCAUCGAAAGGUGUGACAUCGGAGCUUAAAGCAACUAGCGGAACGCCUCUGGACAGCAAUAAACCUGACUGUGUAGACGUGGAUGCAAGCGAGCAUGCUUCUAAAAAUCCUCCGGAUAAGACCGUUUCACCACCCUGUGUAGAGAGUGAGAAGCAGAAGAGCAGUGUUACUACAGGGACAAGCGAUACACGUAUGUUUGAAACAACUGGCAGUAAAAAACACUGUGACAGCACCCUGGAAAAGGAUGCUACUGAAAGUGUGGGAGAAGGCAGAGCUACUGUAAAGAAGAGGGAGGUGCCUGCUUCUAGCACCAAGACUGAGGAUCUUAAGGAGGGAGCAAUAAUUCAAGACUCAUGUGCCAGUAAAGGUGCACUCAGAGCUAGUCUUGAAGACCAACCCACAGUCAAAACACUAGGUGAAAGCGACGUAAAGACCAAAAGCAAAGCUGACAAAGCAUGUGACGAAGAAGCCACAGCUCAGGAUAAAGCUAUGCAAGAAAAACCUCAUGAAAAAGAUUCUGUUCAAACGAAACACACGGGCGGUGGCGACACCAUGACACAGGAAGAGAAGACUGGCAGUGUCACUUCGUUAAAAAAGAGACGAGGCAGGACACUCUCUUCGUGCGUUGCAGAUUUGAAGAAAGGCAAGAGGCAGAAUAGAGGGCAGCAGGACAGUGAGGACCACACUGACGGUGAGGCAUCACAGAAAUUGAAGACCAGUGUUUUGUCACCAUCUGCAGGUGAUGCCUUGAAGGCUGGUCCACCCGAGGCAUCUUCUGCGAAGACAUUCGUUGAAAAUAGCAAAGAGAGGCCUGUGCCUAGUAAGUGUGCAGAGGCAAAAGAAAGUCAAAGUGAGGUGCCAGCUGUAAGCAGUGAUGCUGUGGAGGAUGAUAAAGAAAAAUCGAUCGACACCAGUAUCGACCCAGUUCACAAAGCCGAGAGCAGUACGAAACAGCCGAGUGAAACUGAACGCAAAGGGGAUCGCAGUGCCGAAAUUAGUCACAAAGACACAGAUGGCACUCACAAAGACACAGAUGGCGCUCACAAAGACACAGACGGAGCGGACAAACACGUUGCUGCAGAUGUAAAGAAAGAACCUAAGAGUAGACCGAAAAGUGAACAGGGCUCCAGGAUUUCAACAAGGCUCAGAGGAGAUGCUGCAGCAAGGAGAGACAAGGGAAAGACAGCUAGUGACGAAAGUGCUGCCAACUCUGCAGCCCCCGACCGCAGCGAGGCCACGAAGGAUGAAGCUGUCAUGGACGACGCGCCGCUUUCUACCGUGAAUGAGACGGAGACGUCGGCAACUCACGAAGGUUCCGCAACCACACCUGCCGACGAGGAAGCGGUCAGCACUUUGCAGGGAUCUACCGAGCUUGUGCAGGACGCUUCUCCGGAAGUUAAGAAGCGGGGUGGCUGGAGAGGCCGUGGAGGUCGUGGAGGUCGCGGUGGUCGCGGGAGAGGUCGGGGUAGGGGUCGCGCCGGCCGUUGGAGUCACGUCAAGCGGCGUGUUCAACCGUCAGAUGAGCCCUCGCCCAAGAAACCCCGUGAGGCAGGAGACGAAGACGCCGGCAUUAACGGUGACGCUGCGACACACGCGGAAAGUGAACCCGCCCCUGCUGUCGCCUCCCGGGGCGGCGGCAGGGGCAGGUCACGGGGGGGUCGGGGCAGGGGCCGCGGUGCUUCAAGGGGGAGGGGUCGUGGCCUGGCCAGAGAGCUGGGUGCGGCCGCGGCUUGCCUCCUGGGAGCACCUGAAGGUGAUCUGGCAGAUGAGGAUAGCCAAGGCCGCCGUCGGAGUUCGCGAAUCCAGCGGGAGCAGGAGAAGCGACUGUCGGAGCUGGCCCAGCAGAUGGCUCUGGAACAGCAGCUCGAGGAGACCAUCUUGCAGGAAGAGGCCGCCGCGAAGGGAAAGGCCACACCGACCAAGAGCCCCAAGAAGCGUAGUCGUCAAGCUGACAAAGAUUAUGUUCCUCCAGAGAAGAACAAACGAAGGUCAAAGAAGGGCGAGGCCCACCAGGGCAGUCAGGGCUCGGCCAAGCGCAGUGGCAAGGCCCGUGCGGAGGAGGAGGAGGAAGAUGAGGCCAAGGGCCGCAAGGCCAUGAAGAAAAAGAAGAAGAAGAAGAGGCGCCGCGGGGGGAAGCACGGUGGCGGCGGCUCUGGGGUGAACGGCACGUAUCGGCGCCGGUCGCACCACAACCCCUGGGAGGCCUCGUCGGACUCGGACUCGUCUUCGCAGCUCGAGGACGAGGAGGAGCCCUACGAGGAAGAGGCCUACGACGAGGACGAGGAACUGCACUUUGACGACAACGAGGACGAGUUUGCCUGUGAGGAGGUAGACCCCAACGCAGAGGUGGUGGUGGUCAAGAGGGCGCGCACUGUCAAAAAGGCACGCACGGAUGUGGCGGAGGAGGCCAGUGGCAGCAGCGGAGGAGAGGAGAGCGAACCGGAGCAGGACGAGAAGCCCUGCGCCAAAUGUGGCAAGGGGGAUCACCCGGAGUGGAUCCUCUUGUGCGACGUGUGUGACGCGGGCUAUCACACGUCCUGCCUCAAGCCUGCACUGAUGAUCAUCCCAGAUGGCGACUGGUUCUGCCCGCCGUGUGAUCAUAGAAAGCUGUGCGAGAAAUUGAUGGAAGAACUCAAGCUCUACGACACACUCUCCAAAAAGAGGGACAGGGAAGAGCUGAGAAAGCAGAGGCUGGCGUACGUUGGCAUCAGCCUGGAUAACGUGCUGAAACCGGAGAAAAAAGAGGAAGAAGAGUCCCCAGCAGAGGAAUAUGAGGAAGAGGAUGACGAAGAUGAUGAAGACAGCCGGAGGCACAUGCUGCUGACCAAGCGAUCGUCGCGCAAGCGCAAGGCCAUCAGCUACCAGUUCAAGGAGUACGACGAGAUGAUCUUUCAGGCUGUGCAGCCAGACAUUGUGGCUGCGGAACAGUGUGCCAAAGCUGCACGUGCUCCAGGGGUGAGCCGGGGCAAAGACAUGUCCAACCUUCUGGGCCCAGAUGACGAGGAGGAAGAGGAGGAGGGCAAGGACGAGGAUGGAGACGACGAAGACUACGAGGACGGGGAGAAGCAGGUGACCGCAGCAGGCAAGAAGAGGAAGAGGGCUCGCAAGCUGACCAGCCUGGACUUCACCUCUGAGGAGGAGGGUGACGACGAGACCGACGAGUACCAGGGCUCCAGUGCAAGCCAGUCGGAAGCAAGUGCAUCGAGUGUGGUGAGUGACGGCCCUCCAUCAUCAGGCUCGGACUGGCAAGCAAGCUCGAGACGUCGACGCCGUGGAGGGACUGCACCUUCCAGGAAAAAGGGGAAGACUACCCGCUCUGGCUACCGUCGAGAUGACUUUGUGAUGGAUGAUGAUUACGAGUCAGACAGCGAUGGUGGCUAUGGCACCAGGCGUGCAGCUACCAAGCAAGUCAACUACCGGGAGCUCUCGUCAGACGAUGAAGAGGCUGCUCCCGCUGUAAAGAAGAGCAGUUCUAGGCGCCGCAGGGCCAGAAGCAGCUCCGAGAGUGACAAAGAGUGGCGUUGCAACAAAAAGCGGAAAGGCAAAGGCAGGCGCACCUGGCGAGCCAGUUCCACAUCUGAGGAGGAAGAGGCCGAGUUCACCGAGGAAGAGAGCUCCGACGACAACCGCAGGCGAAAGACAGCUAAGCGUCCCCCACAUUCCUCCGAGGAAGAGGACGAAGGCCCCAGUGAGGAAGAUGACAGCAGCUCCGAGAAGAAGACAAAGAAGCCACAGAAGGAGACCAGCAAAUCGGAAAAAAAGAAGCCAGCACCACAGAAGUCAAAGAAGCAGCUGCAAAGCAGCUCAGAAGAGGAAGAAGAGACAGAUGAAAGCGGCGAUGAAGAGGAUGAGGAGGAGAGCAGUGACGCUGCGUCGGACGACGGAGAAAGGAAGUUUGCCAAGAACCGCCGCAUAAUUCGAUCCGACGACGAAAGCGAUGAAGAUAAGGUCAAGGAAACGAAAGAAGCUAAAGCUACCACCUCUGACAGCAAGGAGGCACCGAAAUCAACUCCUUGCAGUGCUGAGGCGGCAGGUGUGAACAAGCCUGCAGUUGCCAGUACAGAGCCUGCUGCCGCAAAACAGCCGCCUCCCGAAUGUCCCGUUGCCCCGCAGCCUAAUCCUCCCCAGGAGUGUGCUCCUCCUGCCGAGGCAAGCACCAGGCCAGCAGCGGUGGCUGCAAUACAAGGCUCCCCCAGCUUGAGCAGACGCCUUCUUGCAGUUCCAGAAGCCAGCCGCAGUGUCUCUUCCCCAAUGCGAGUGGCAGGUGACGACAAGGGUUUCCCUGAAGAUGAAGAGGAGGAAGACUCUAACAAGGGUUUUCCACCAGAGGAGGAAGACCUGGAGGAAAAAGGGUUUCCGGAAGAACCGCUGCCACAACCAGUUCCACCCCCGGGCAAUAGCCGGGGUAUCGCACCUCCACCAGGCCACUACCCGCCAGUUCGCCCACCGUACCCCUUCAUAGGUCCACGGCCACCGUAUGGACCUCAGGACCCAUACGGAGACUGCGUGCCUAUGGACGGUGCCUAUGGGAGACCGCUUGCACCGACUCCAGUCGACCCCUACACACGUGGAUCGCCCAGUCCUCCCCAGUUCACCAGUCUCGACACUCCUCUUCCUCCGCACCCUCUGCCACCGCCGCCUCACGGGCGUGGCCGCCACCUGACGCCCCUGGAGGGAGGCCCGUAUCGAGACCAGUACCGGCCUCCCGACACUUACCAACCACCACCACCUGGUUACUACGGUGGAGGCCCUCCGCCGCCCGUUGGUCCACCCGGUCCUUACCGGUACCCACAUCACCAUCCGCCACCACCGCCGUCGGGGUACCAGCACCCACAUCCUGGUUACUACAACCGGCCGCCCAGCUAUUACGGGCCACCCCCUCCUCCCGAGGAAGGUGGCUACGGGCCGCCCCCUCCUCACCACCCACCGCCUCCGCCACAGCCUCCGCCGCCACCACCCCCGGGUAGUUCCUACUCGGAAGGUCCCCCAGGCCCUGACCAGCCUCACUGGGGGGCAGGACCCCCACCGCCCCCUGGUGCAAACCCGCAAGGGCAAGACGGUGGCUUCACCAUUACAAACAUCCUGCGGCAAAGGAACGCUGGCGAUGGAGGAGAAGAGGACGAGCUGAAGAGUGUGACGGACAUUGUGUCGUACAUCACCCAAGAGUAGCAUAACGGAACUCAUUGUCCUGCAUUGCGAGAGGGGCACACCUUUCUCCGAUGUCGCCAUGUGGUGUGUGUGUAUGUGUGUGUGCAUUCAUUCUGGAUUUCUCUCGCCGACUGUGAACAUUCCGGAUCAGCGGUGUCUGCAUUUGGUUGGCUGGCUCACCCUUCCCUUGUGUGCAUGUGUGCAUGUGUUGCCGGAUGGUCUAGACACAGAGCUGAAGGGGUGUGUGUGCUCAAGAGAGUCGAAGGCUGCAUUUGGUGUGUGCAUUUUAUGCUCUGUCAUGCAGUGAACUCCCUCAGUGUUCGAGCAUUCUGGCACGUUUGUGGUAAGUGCUUUUACACAGAGGAGUGUCUAGAAAUGCACUUUAUCAGCCUGCCUCACUGUCGCCUGGCAGUUUUUUCCCUUAAUAUGCAGGCAACGUUGUGGUUUGAAAGAAAGCGAAGGCAUAUUGGAAAAGGUUGUUGAGGCACUGGUUCUUGAGUGUAGCGUUUUUACAGGGAGUUUAAAAAAAAAAAAAGCUUGCUUGGGCCGAGCUCAAUGAUUGCCACGUGCAAGCCUUGGCAGCUGCGUCGCUUCUACAGAGUAAUAUUGUUCUGUCUGUUAAAUCAGUGUUGUCUUUCUUGGAUUUUAAUAUUGGCAUAUGGAAGAUCCAGCGAAUGAAUGAAGAGCAGUUGUCAGUGCUAGUCUCUUUCUUCCCAUGCGCAUUAUGAUCUGAAACUACCGUAUUCCUUGCCAGUGCAGAAUAUUGCUUUUAACUUCAUUAAAAUAUAAGACAUUCAUUACUAAAUUUGCAUUCCGAGGCAUUAAGCUGCACCUACGAGUUGUGGUGAGUGUCUCCUGCCGACAUUACAAUUUCAGUGUUGAGGAACAAGUAUGCUGAGGAUAAUUGUGGCCAAUUUAAGAUAUAUAUCUGUGUAUGUGUUUCACAUUCAAGGUUUCCCAUAAAGGAGCCUAAGUUUCAUCUUAAGAACAGUGCAAACACUAAAUGGACGUGAAUAUUGACAACAGGAUUGCUGCUGUUAUGCUGCUUACCUACAUGUCCAUAUGCUAGCGCUGUUCUUAGCAUGAAGCUUAACUAAAUUGCCCAAUCGUCUGUUCCUCUAAACAUCGUUUGAGAAAAAGGUUGUUCCACACGUUUUUUUUUGUAAUGCCCCUUGUGUGCUGCGUGUCGAUAUCUGGCAAGUAGCAAGCUAGAAAUGCAGAGCAAAGCUCCAACUCCCCUAAUUUACGGUCCAUCUGCUCUGUAGCAUUCUCUCAUAACUACACUGUUAACACCCAUUGUAGGAGAGGCUAGUCGAAAUGAUGCCUUCAAAUGCGUGCCUGGCUUUCAAUCGGGAUAUUGGUGCCAUGCACAUAGUGCUUUGCGAGUCACUGUUUUGCCCGGAUUCUUUGCAUGCUGAAUGCGCUGGCUAUUCACCGAGGCACAGCUCAGGAAGCGGGUUUGUUGGUGCCUCACCAAUUCCACUGUGGUAUGAUCACAGUCGAUCUUUCUGCAGUCUGGUACGAUCUGCAGUUGCGACCUCUCUGCUGCUCGCGAGCCUGGUUUAUCUUUUAUGUGACAGCUGCGCAGUGAUUCACUCAUAGGAAGACAGAUAACCUUAUCAUUUCUGGUGCUUCAAUGUCUUUAGUACUGCAUGCAAAGGAAAGAACUGGUGCACAAGAAGGCUAACAAAACUCAUGGCCUAGUAAUGCGGCGAGCAGACGGAAUCCAUUUCGUGGAUAAAUAUCAACCCCUGGCUGCUAUCCUCUCUGACUUCCUUGGUCCGCAGUGGUUGAGGCUAGCUGCAAAAAAAAAAAAAAAAUGCCAGACACAGAAUGGCCUCUCCGUAUAGCAUCUUUUAUAGGAAGAGUGAUUGCUCAACUGGUUGUAUGGAAAAUCACAUGUGGGGGAAAAGGCUACUCCGAGGCCUGUACUGCGAAUGAAUUUCACGAAAUGCAUGCGGGUAAUUUCACGGAGAUCCGUUCUUUCCGGAAGUUAUGCUUCCAAGAAAGGAAAACUUUACGGCCUUGCCGCUGCAACUGUUUCUUGUCGUGUGAUAGCAAUUUCCAACAGGAUGGAUGUAGUAAGGCAGUGGGGACAUAGAAAAAAAAAAAGAGUGCUUAUAUUUAAUUAUAUACACCCUGUCACCCUUGCAGAGGUUCAGGGAAGGGUGCAGCGUGCGUACACCACAGUUUGUAUGUCGAUACUUAAAAAAAAGUUGCGAAUGUGUGGGCAUACAACCAACAGGUUACAUUGUCGGCUGGCAAUGCUUUUAUUUUUGCGACUGUUUGGAGUGCCCCAUAUUUUUACCAUAUUGUAGUGUAUGUUGUUGAUGCAUAUUGAGCAGACAUCAAUACAUGCGUUUUCAAUCGAUUGUCUUUAUUCUGUUUUAUUGCGGUGACCCAGGCUUCUAGAACAAAGGGGAAAAAAGAAGAGCUAAUGAAAUGGUGCUGCCAGAGUGUGCUGCCUGCAAUUGAGUUUGCGUGUGCCUCGUUUUGUAUGCUUACGUCGACGUACGCCUGCCUGCAGAAAUUUUUGGAAUGCUUAACUCUGUAACUCUAAUAGAAAGGAAAGGAAAACUAAUUUAUUUCGUGGCAUUGAAAAUGCAGCGGAAUGGUAUUUCAUAGACAACCGAGGGAUAAUUUGAUUUGCCCAAUGAGUUAGUAACAAGGAUGGGGCUUGACGCAGACGACCAUCAGAGUAGUUGCAUUUUAUCGUCAUCUUAAUGCUUUUAAAAAACUGUCAUCCAUUCGCUGUCAGGAGUUCGGCCUUUCAGGAAAGCAGCCGCAUUCUAAAAACCUUUGCGGCCGGGCGUACAGUGCUAUUUCAAUUGAGAAAUGUCCUCAUAUUUGUACAUAUCAUCUUAAGUUAUGGAUAUUUUUUAUUAGAUACAAUAUGUUGCUGUGUAUGUGUGGUCCAUUUCACAGGCUGCUAGUGCUCCUGCUUUGUGCCUAAUGAUUUUUUGCGUACAAUUUAUUAAUUGACAUCAUUGCUGUUGUGAGCCUUGCAAGUCCCUCUACUCGUCAUUGCAGCACCACUAGCACCUUGUGGAGUGCACCUCAGCGAGGAACAGUUUCUUUAGUUUCGAAUGAUAUUGAAUAUGUCCUGUGCAGGAACAUGAUUAUGAGUGUGCGUUUAUUACUGUUAUGUUGUGCAAUAUGCCAAUUCAGCGGGUUACAAAGGUUUUCCUGCGCACAAUGAAUUUUAUUUGCGCUUCCUGCGCUGCCGACCUGCUGAAUUUGGCGUAAUUGCUGGGAUUUAUUUUGGGCUUGUGAGAAUAUUCGAUAUUUUCGGAUAAUCGAUGGCAUAGUAAUAUGCUAUUAAAUGUUUGCUUCAGUUCAGAUUUCAUUAUUCGAAAUUUCUAAAUUUCAUUCAUUGGUUAGUGACUGAAUUAAAGACCAAUGUAAGAAUCACAUAAAAAGCAUAUAUUCAGAUUGUGUAGGUACAGCAGAGCCUCCUCGCAAAAUCUAAUGUUUGAAAUACGAGAUUGAAGCGUCCGAAAACCAAGCACUCCGCUUGAAAUCCAAAAGUUGAUAUUCACACAAGCCAGUUUUAAUUUUUUUUUUCAGAAGCAGGCUAGUUUUUUUUUUUCUGUGAUUAGUAUGUGUCCAUUAGUGCUGCUUUUAUCCUUCAUGGCACCUGGCAGCAAGAGUGAAAAAUGUGGCAAAGUGGGUUUUACUGGGAAGGGCAACGUUUACAUUGCACAUGACUCCAACACUGUACAGUCAUUUCAUCUCUCCAUCAACGGGAAGGCUUGGUCACGGUUUCCUGGGCGAGUCUCGUUGCUCGCUGCUGUAAGAAAGCUUUUUGUACAUAGA